UCCCUCAACAACGGAGCAGUAGCGGUGUUUCUUCUUCUGUCCGUAUUUUAUUUCAUUAACUAUUCCAUUUUACUCUUGGGCUUUCUCCUUGCAAACUCCGUUGAUCUUUCAAAAAGAAGAAACAAAAUUUCAUCAGAGAUUUCAAGGAAAAGAAACCCAAGAACCCAUCGAUGAUUUCCACGUCUUCAUUCCUCAAUCCAGUUAAACACUUUUUGAUGCUACAUUGAUCAAGCUUCGGUGUAUCGAUUCCCCCAGUGUAGUUUAAAGUGAGUGUGAUCUUGAUCUUGAUCUUGGUUUUGGUCAUAUCUAGGCAUGGGGUUUGCCAGCGAUUCAAUUCUUGCUCGUGGUCUUAUAAUUGAUAGAGCCACAAAAUUUGGUCUUAAAAAUGAAGCUUUUGGAGCCAAGAUUGUACAUUGCAGGGCUUUUGGCAAUGGAGGUAAAGUCAAGGGCAAGGUCAGGGUUGAAGUCAGAGCAGCCGUGCAGAUUGGUGGUUUAGAGGAAGUAAAGAAAGCAAAAGAAGAAUUGGGUUUUGAUGUAGUGUCCGAGGGGGAGUUGAGAGAAAAGGGUUUCUUGGGGAUGAGGAAAACAAAGCUAGUUUGCACCAUAGGGCCGGCUUGUUGUUCAAUGGAGGAUUUGGAGAAGUUGGCGUUGGGAGGAAUGAAUGUAGCUAGGUUUAAUAUGUGCCACAACACACGGGGUUGGCACCGUGAUGUGAUUAAGAAGAUCAAGAGGUUGAAUGAGGAAAAGGGUUUCUGUAUUUCAGUUAUGAUUGAUACUGAAGGUAGUCAGAUUCAUGUGCUUGAUCAUGGUGCUCCUUCUUCUGUCAAAGCAGAGGAAGGUUCUAUCUGGUUAUUUACUACUCAAAAAUCUGAUGGUUCCUCUCCAUUCACAGUUCAAGCAAAUUACAAAGGUUUCUCUGAAGGUAUUGAAGUGGGUGAUGUACUUGUCAUUGAUGGUGGAAUGGCAAGCUUUGAAGUAAUUGAGAAAGUUGGGAAUGAUUUGCGUUGUCAGUGCACAGACUCCGGUCUAUUUCUACCACGUGCCAAAUUUAGCUUUUGGAGAGAUGGAAAGCUUGUGGAAAGGAACUAUGACCUUCCUACUUUAUCAAAAAAGGAUUGGGCUGACAUUGAGUUUGGAGUUUCCGAAGGUGUUGACUUCAUCGCCCUCUCUUUUGUAAAUGAUGCUGAUUCUGUCAGGCAAUUGAAGAACUAUCUCUACAUGAGGUCAUGCAGAUCCACAAGGGUAUUGGCAAAGAUCGAGAGCUUGGAAUCCCUCCAGAAAUUGGAAGAGAUUGUAAAGGCCUCUGAUGGUAUCAUGGUGGCUCGAGGUGACCUUGGAGUUGAAAUCCCUUAUGAACAGAUUCCAACAGUUCAAGAGGAAAUAACCAAUGUUUGCAGAGAACUGAACAAGCCAGUUAUUGUAGCUUCUCAACUUCUUCAGUCAAUGGUUGAAUAUCCAACUCCAACACGAGCUGAGGUUGCAGAUGUUUCUGAAGCAGUUCGGCAAUAUGCUGAUGCCCUAAUGUUAUCUGGUGAGUCAGCUAUUGGUCCAUAUGGACAGAAGGCUCUUUCUGUCUUGCAGAUGGCUAGUAGUCGAAUGGAACUAUGGAGUCGUGAGGAAAAUCGACAAAGUAUUCUCCAUCGGCUCCAACUUGGAGUGUCAUUGCCUGAUCGUAUUGCUGAGCAGAUCUGCAAUUGUGCUGUUCAAAUGGCUAAUAAUCUUGGUGUUGAUGCCAUCUUUGUGUACACAAAGUAUGGACAAAUGGCAUCACUCUUGUCUCGCAACCGUCCAUACCCUCCCAUAUUUGCAUUCACAAGAGAUAACAGCACCAGGAUGGCUCUGAAUCUUCAAUGGGGAGUUAUUCCCAUCCUUGUUGAUCUGUCAGAUGAUAUGGAGGCAAACAUCUCAAGAACCAUUGACCUUAUAAGAACAAAGGGCUUGUUGAAAACUGGAGAUGUUGUUUUGGUUGUCUCAGAUUUAACUCCAGCUCAUUUAAAUUCCACAGCAUUUCAAUCGAUCCAAGUGAAGACAGUUGUUUAGGAAGUCAAUAUUUGCCUUCGACAUGAUACUCAACUAUCGUCCAUGAUAACUAGUAAGAAAAGGCACAGAGAUGGUGGAGUCUCUUGACUCCAUCCAGAGGUACCAAGUCACACAUGUUAAUCUUUUUCUUACACUCCAAUGUUUGUGACUUGAGAACAAUGCAUCAUUAUUCCUUUUGCAAAUGAGUGAAAAAGUAUUUUUAGCUGC